CAUCCAUCGCCUUGUCGCCUGCUUUUCGCGCGCCCUCGCAACUCCAGGCAGCACUCGCGCUCGCUCCCGUCCCCGUCCACUUUCCCUCGCGCCGCACGCCCUUGUCUCCGAUCACUCCCUGCCAUGCUUCAAUGAACCCGCCCGACAUUGCCUAGCUUGGGAUCGUCCAUGGCGGCUUUCGCCCAAGCUUCGCAGCCCCAGACUCCCUCUCGUUCGGGGCAGUCGCACAUGCUAGCACGAUCCUUCUCUUCGCACAAUUCCUUACCGGGCGGCGCGUGCAACUUUCGCGACCUUGGCUCCGGCGCCAAUGCGCCCACGUGUGGUUGUAAACGCUUCUGGUGCACUCAGCCUGCUGCGACAAACGACGAUGCGAACAACCUCGCCUGUAUAUGCGGUCACCAUGCCUGCUUCCACGACAUUAUCGAGCCCGGAGCUGCUCUGUCCUUCGGGAAUGCGGCCACGCCGCCAUUGGGGUCUUUGGGUCAACUCAUAGAGGUUCGACCUGGGGUAUACUUUGAUGUUUCCAAAUCCCAGGAUCGUUCCGGCGCAGUCCUUCACGAGCCCAUUGACCCGGAAGCUCUAGGACGCACGAAAAGUAUGCCAGCGCCCACAAAGCAGUCGUGGUUGGGGCCAGGGCAGGUUGGGUUGGAUAAUGGAAAACAAUCGGUACGUGACUUUGCUACAAGACCUGGAGACCAGAGACCUCCAUCAGGCGUCCAGCACAGAGACACAACGGAUGCCCUUCGCCCAGGCUUCUCAAGCGUUCCGUCCAUGUGUUUCCUGAACUCGGACGACCGUAAGCCAUUGCCUACAGGCGCAUGCAACGACGGGACUGACACGCGCCCUGAGCAUCGCUCUAAAGAUAUACAUGACGCUCCUCAAAAGACCUCGUCAGGCUUGGGGCUCUCCAUGCAUUCCAUGGCCGAUCGGCUGAACAACGCUUGCCUCACUUCCUUCUACCCCGAAGGCCAACAGCAGUCAUUUCAGCAACAGCGUGAGCCAUCGCUAGCACCUACGAUACAGUACUCGACAGACGGGGAAGAAGUAGGCCCUCGCCCCAGCCCCAGCCAAACUUUCAUCGAUCACGUUCUGCGUAUGCGUGAGGUAAGGCGUCAUCCUGACGUUCAGCAUGCCGUCCCCCCAGAUGAGUUGAUCCCGAGCUCUACGGAGGUGGCCACGCCCACUACUCCAACUACCCCCGACCUGAAAACAUUCGAGCAAGCCAUUCAUGCAGCGGGUACGCUGACGGGCAUAUUUGGGCGCGAUGUUGCCGACGAUGGAAAGGAAGACGCUGGUGGUGAGCAGACAAGGAAGACUCCAAAUUCUUGGCCAAAUGCUGCACUAAAUCCCAACCGGAGGCAUUCGUACACUGCAGACCCCGGAAACCAUGUGGAUACAGCCGAUCCUUUACGCGACAAACUGAUAUUGCGUAAACUUGCGCAACACUUCGACACCAUGCACAAGCACCUGACUGGUUAUCCUAAUGUCUCAUCAUUAUUCCAACAAGUUAUGGAUCGACUAAAUGCCCUUGAGAACGCAUCAUUCUACACGAUUCCCGCCGAAGAAAUCAACGAAAAGUUUGAAUGGUUCGAUGGUCGGCUUGUCGAGCUGGAAUACCGAACGAACGACAAUGACAGGCUCCAGACUGUUGUUGAUGCGGACUAUGACAAGGGAGAAGAUAGAGUUACCAGGCGGCGUAGAGCGCAAAGCUCGUUCUCCGACGGAUCAAACGGCGGAAACUCCACUCAGGAACGUCUUGAAUCUCUCGAGCAGCGAGUUGAAGAUAUUGAGUCUUCCGCCCUACCCUCGCCAACGUCUCCGUGGGAGAUUGAGGUCGUGCUCUUGCCUUGGGGAAGAGAAUUAAAAGGCAUUUGGUUGUCACCGGACGAAGACUUUGGCAACUCAUUACUGUCAUCGCAAGCUUCGGAUGAAUCAUCUCGAAAGCGAACUACUCGAUCGCCAUCAAAGACCACAAAACGGCUGACGAGCGCUGUAACCAAAGGCUGGACUGACCCGCCACACCAUGUCCUUGUACCCAAAGCGGCAGGGCGCCAUGGAUACAUCUACAAUCGACUGAAAAGUCGGGGACUUGUUCGGAAGGUCACUCUCAGGAGCAAUGGAGCUUGCAACGUCAUGAAGGCAAUCAUAGAGACUUUUGGUGAGACGCUCGAAAUCUUGAACGAGGCGUCCACCGAAGGUUCAGCCAGUGAAACGGACGGAUAUCACGGUCUCAGCGCACCACUCAUACCAUUGCGAAAGGUCCACAGGGAGAAUCGUCUCGAGUUUCUGACUUACGAUGAGAUGGUCACACCUGCAGUCUGGACAGCCGACUUUCUGAAAAGCAGCGUCUUGAUGCGGGCACCGGGAGGUUUUUUGAGACGUUUAUACGUUACUCAGCGCGAUGGCUACCUGCAGAACAGUGACGCGGAAAUGUCUAACUGGACCUGGCAACGCAUCAAGAAGCUUCCGCGCGUGCAUUUACCGGAGGAUAACCAGUAUCGGUCAAGAAGCAGAAUGGUCGAAAAAGCUGAUCUCUUGGAAGCUUGCUGGAAUUUCAACCCUAACCUAGAUCCUCCUUACAGUGAAGUAUCCUCGCUAAAUUCACAGCAAAGCUGUCUAUCUCAAGGUAGCGAAGAUCCUUCGGCUUCAUUUGCCUCUAACCAGCUUUCUCUGCGACCGGCACCCCACCAGAAGGCUAUGUCUGAGCCAACAGGCCCGGUCCGUAAGCAGCUGCCGACACCGCAAACGGAGUCAGUUCAACGAGCAAGCCCAUUCAGACGUACCAUCUCUCCGCUGGUGUUUGCAGAGGAACUAUCCGACUCGACUGCGCAGACACACCGGUCUAAGCGUCCCAUGACUGCUUCUUUUGAAAAUGAAAAGGCAUCACAAGGCCACCCUGGUGUGCCAGCUCCUCCAUAUUCAAGUACGAAGCGCCGCCGUACGGUUCGGCCUCCUGAUGCCUCGUCAGGUGCGAAGGCCGGCCCAUACGGGUUCACGCCUGGGCGUUCCAAAGAGCCCCCUUCGCCUUUGGAUGCAGCUCCAAGUUCAUCGGAGCAGCACAGUCAAGCCACAGCUGACGAUCCGGCACAAUCACAGAAGAAAGGCGCCAUGUCAUUCGCUUACGCGACACCACACAGCGGGCCAGCCGAAAUAAAAGAUGACUGGAUUGAAGGCGGCGAUACCGAGCCUGACAGUGCUAGCGAAAGCGAUGCGGACGAGACAAAUGGCAAAAUGCAGGAGAUGAAAGAGGAAGCAGACAGUUGGAGCGGGAGCGUCGAGCACGGAGGACCUGGACGAUUACAGCAGGGUGUUGUUCGAGGACUCGGAGGGAGAGGAGGAAGGGCGUGACACUUCGAUGAUUGAUGAA